AAGGGGAUAAAUCAUGGAAUGUGAUGGCAGUGUGUUCACAUAACAUGUUGUUUACUCACAUCAACGUAGGCUACGAAGGCAGUGCACAUGAUAGCACCGUUUGGAAGCGAAGUUUAGGAGAAGAAAGAAUGGGAUUCCCUCAUCCACCGCCUGGAAAAUACUAUGUAGUUGAUUCAGCGUAUCCUAAUACACUCGGGUACUUGAGUCCCCAUACAGGACGUGAUUUGAGGUAUCAUUUGCCUGAUUUCAAGAGAUCAGGUCCUCCACAAGGAAUGUUUGAGCAUUUCAAUUACCUACACUCGUCUUGUCGAAAUAUAAUUGAGCGGAUUUUUGCGAUUGUGAAAAAUAGGUGGAAGGUUCUACAACCUAAAUUGAUGCCGCAAAUGGAAUUAGGUUUUCAGUUGCAAAUAAUCGUUGCUUGUUGUACUCUACACAAUUUUAUUUGUUUACAUGAACUAGGGAUUCCAUUCACGCACCAAGUUGAAGUCAUGGAGCGAAGAGAAGAUCAUACUAUGUACGAUCCUAACAGAAAAGCAGCUAUAGAUAUUGUACGACAAGAAAUAAUUGAUCAGAUAUGGGAGUCAGUUCAGAGGAAUGCCGAGGUAAUGGAGGAGCUUGGUGGACAAGAAGAAGACGAAGAACUAACUGACUAUGAAAAUUAGUUUAAGUUGUGUAGUACUCUAAUUUUCUCAAUGAGAUUAACAUUAGAAAUGUGUAUAAAAAAAUA